ACCGUCAAAAAUUAUUAUAUCUGAUAACAUCUCCAGAGUCACACACGCAGUCCAGCGCCACCAACAGUGUGAAUGUGUGAUAGAGCUCUCCACUCUCCACUCUCCUUAGUCAUAGCCCAAGACCCCUCCACUCUUCGCCGGCGGAGCGACACAACAACAGUGGCAUCCCGUUCAGCCCUCGCGACACAGCAACAGUGGCAGUGCGGUCGCCUUCUCGCCUUCCUCCGUUCCGUAGCCGCCGCCUCCGUUGCCUUCCUCCGUAGCCACCGUUUCCUUCCACCGUUCGCAGCGCCGUCGCCUUCUGUGCAGUUCCAGAGUCGAAACAGUUUAAAAAACCGAAAACCAAACCAAAGUGCACCGCAAACACCUCUAGUUUCGGGUUAGCCCUUUUUCUUAUCCAAAAGGGAAAAAAAAAUGGAAGUUAUGUCUUUUUGUGUCACAUUCAUCAAAUUUCAUACAUUUGCCUUUCUGAAACCAAAAGUAGCAACAACCCAAAUUCAGGGCCUUUCACUACCCAAUAAUAGGAGCAAACAUUGCAAUCUUUAUUCAUCUUCUUCUUCAUCUUCAAGAAGUAUAGCAGCAACAGCAACACUAUACCCUUCCACCACACAGAAGAACCGCCACUGGAUGGUACUCAUGGAGCCUCCACCUCACGGUGUCACUUCCAAGUCACAACUCAUCGAUUAUUACGCCAGCACUCUCCACAAAGUCCUUGCUAGUGAGAGAGAUGCUCAAAUGUGUAUAUAUGAUGCUUCCUACGAUACACACUUUGGUUUCUGUUGUGACAUUGAUCCACAAAUAACCUCCCAACUCACAAGUUUACCGGGGGUCUUGUUAGUUAGGCCUGAUCCGGAUUUCAGUUCUUCGGAAAAGGACUAUAGUCUAUCAAGUGGUCAAGAAGGUCUGCUAUCGAAUUCAAAACUACAAUUUGAAACCAACAUGUUAUUCUUUCUUGAGAAUUCAAAGCAUUGGCUUGUUAGAAUUGAUAAACCUGCUGUUGGGAUUGUUACAAAGGCUCAGAUGGUCGAUUAUUUUGUUCAAAUAUUGACCAAGGUCAUGGGAAACGAGAAGGAUGCUCAGAUGUGCAUAUAUCAUGUUUCUUGGAAAAAAAUAUUUGGUUUUUGCUGUGAACUUGAUGACGACUGUGCACAGGAGUUAGCUGGUGUGCCUGGUAUCUUAUCAGUUCAACCAGAUAAUAAUUUUGAGUCAGAAAAUAAGGAUUAUGAAGGUAAUAACUUGGAAAACAGUUUGAGUGUGCAAAAAUCUUUUGAAGCAAGUCAGGCAGCUCCCCUGCGAACGAAAAAGCUUUUUGUGACAGGACUAUCGUUUUAUACAUCUGAGAAAACCUUACGCGCAGCAUUUGAAGGCUUUGGUGAUCUUGUUGAAGUCAAAAUCAUUAUGGAUAAAAUUUCCAAAAGGUCCAAGGGUUAUGCAUUUGUUGAGUACACCACAGAGGAGGCUGCAAGCGCAGCAUUGAAAGAGAUGAAUGGCAAGAUUAUUAAUGGAUGGAUGAUAGUAGUGGAUGUUGCCAAGACUAACCCACCAAGGCACAACAGGGUCAUGUCAGGCCAUCAGUUUCACAAGCCAAAAGCCUUUUAAGGUAUUAACUAUUUCUAGCUCUCCGCUCUUAUUUAUCUCAACCUUUUUAAUAUCAGUCAAGAUAAUACAAAUCGAAAUACUGCAAAACAUAAUAGAAUUAUGUGCAAUUGUUAUAGUAAACUGUUCUCAACCUUAGGAGUCAUUUCUAUUUUAUUUAUGUUUAUCCUGUCUUUUCCAGAGUUAAAUCUUAAUAUAUUAGUUGA